AUGCUACUAUUCCGCGCAUUAUCCCUAUGUUUGGUGUUUUACUCCAACCAACUAAGCCUCGCAAGCCCUGAUGAGUAUCGACUUCUCUCUGAUCUUCGACACAACUACGACCCAUACGAACGACCUGUCGCCAAUGCCUCGGAGCCACUAGUCGUCAGUGUGAAAAUUUAUCUGCAGCAGAUCCUUGAUGUUGACGAAAAAAAUCAGGUCAUAACUCUUGUUGCUUGGAUAGAAUACCAGUGGACGGAU